AUGGAUUGGAUUCCUAUGGACGGUUCAUUCUCAAAGAAUACAGAUAGUUCAAGUGCAACAUUUACAGCAGCUUAUACGCCUAUUAAUGUUAAAAGUAUUUGGGCACUAUUUAGAAAGAAAGACAACUAUUAUGUUAAUUUUGAGAACCCUAAGUUUAAAUAUCUUCAGCUUUCCAUGGGAGCUUAUGGAAAUAUGCCUGCAGAACCUGAAAAAUCAUAUGGACCUGUAUUUUAUGAAAUGGUUGCGAACGCCUGCAAUACAAACAAUGAUAUGAUAGGAUUUAAUGAAGAUGUUAUGAGGUCAUUGGUGGAUGAUGGUAGUGUGGAACAUAAAUGGGAUAGUUAUGACAACACACAUUUCUUAUGUGGUUUUCCAACAGAAGUGGAUUUUGGUUCCAGCAAGGUCAAACAUCUACUGCUCCAAUAA